AUGGCUAGCCGUCAAGAGGUCCUGCAUGCGUACAGGCACCUGUACAAGGGCCUCUUGCGCGGCGUGCAUUACUCGAUCCCCGCGCGCUACAUUGUGCGCGACCAGAUCCGGCUCGCCUUUCGUGAACGUCCGGCAGCGACUGCGCCUGCGACUGCGACUGUACCGACGACUACAACUACGACGACGACGGCGGCGGCUGGCUGGGACCCGGAAGCCAUCAAGCGAACGCUCUGGUUUUUGUCGGCCGCAGGACGGCAGAGCGGCCUGGAGCACCGUAUCCUGCGGAACCUGGUGCGGAUGCACAGCGAGCGGGCGGCGCCGACGAGGCGCUGGCGAAGGGCGGUGAUAUGGAACAAGAAGCCGUAA